CUCCGCAACACACAGCAAUUCUCUUCUUCUUAUGCUCUCUUUGUAGUUGCUCUGAUUUUCGUCUUUGAUUUUUAUUGAAUUAUUAUUAUUAACAUUAGCGAGCUGUUGGGUUUCUCUGUGAUGAACAAAACGAUGACGAGUCCGAUCUAUUUCCAUUCUUUCAAUCCUGACGACAAUCGAGGCAUUUGUCUGAGAGAAACCCACAAUUUCUUUCUUCUUCUUCAAGAUUAUAAAUUUAUUUUUGGUGGUAUUGAAUUGAAUCAGGGCAUGAUGAGGAUGAUUUGAUUUUAUGCUGAUUAUGGUGAUGAAUUACAUUACGGGUGGUUUUAUUGCCACAGCUUCACAGGUUAACCCACGCGGAGAAGGUGGUGACUGCUGCAAGUUGGAUUCAAAUGAGGGGUAUAAUAGUCAAAUAAUUAAAAAAAGCUGUGGUAUUAACAGUAGUGGCUGUGGCAAUAACACCACCCUUACAUUACCUCCUACUCAUUCUGAAUGCCCUCUUUACACUUCUUUUUAUUAAAUCAACAAAAAAAAAAAUUAAUUCUAAUGAAUUCGAUUAGAUGAGAUGAUGCAGCAGCAAUAAAAAAGAAUUAUAAAU